AUGUCUUUAUCUGUAUCAAUCCUGUUGGCCUUGACUAACGUGUUCUCCCAGGUCAUCGACUACCUUGCAAAGAAAGGAUACCAUCGCACCGAAGCCACUCUGCGCGCCGAGUCUUCCAACCAGGAAGUCCCCAAAGAUGGAGAACUCCGACCGCAGCCUACGGGUCCGCCUCGAUACUACGAGAUGUUUCUUCGUCUCCGUGCCUGGACCGACGAUGCUCUCGACAUCUACAAACCCGAAAUCAGACGCUUGCUGUGGCCGAUCUUUGUCUACUCCUACCUCGACCUCGUCAAGCAAUUUUACCCUAAGGAGGCGCAACGUCUGUUCCAGAAAUUUGCCGAAGACUUUCGCAAGGAGCACGAAUAUGACUUGAGAGGUCUCGAACACAUCACUCUGCCUGAGCACAGCGACCAGGACAAAGUCGCCAAAAUCUACCGAGACAAUAAGUAUCGGCUGGCCCUUAGUAGUGCUGCGUACGUCUACUUCAUGCAGUUCCUGGAGUCUCUUCCUCAACAAGGCUACAAGCUCUUCAUCUCCAUUGUCGAAAACAAUAUGGACCUCCGUCAGACCGACCGCGGCGCCGAUGACCGUUUCAGCUUCGCGAGUGUGAUUCAACGCGGCAUAGACGGCCAAGACAUGCCUGCCGAAGACGAAGGUAUCCCUGGUCAUCGACCUGGCAACGCCGUGUCCUCUACCGAUCCAACCGUCGGCAACAACCUGGCAACUCUGAAACUCGGCAAACUGCCCAUGGAGAAAGAUGCUGAAGAAGACGUGCGGGGCGAUCUGGAAGAACUCGACUUGAAGUGUCCUCCCGUGCCUGGCCAACCUACGUUAGUCCAAACCCACGAGCUCGUCAACAUCAAACAAGAAGAUGAAGACGAAGGACCCAGCCGCUCUGAGAUCCCAUACCCGCCAAGCACAGCCCGUGAUGUGGCAAUGGAAGUGCAGAAGAUUCGCGAAAACCGUGAUCGUCUCAAGAUCGAGACGCGCACAGGUGGCAUUGGACCUGGUCUGAGUGUGGUGAUGUACACCUUCCACAAUACCCACGACAGCAUCAACUGCUUGGACUUCAGCGGCGACCAGAAGCUCGUGGCGGCCGGAACUUCUGAGUCCUACAUUCGCGUCUGGACCUUGGAUGGAAGUGCGCUUGGCCCAGCAGGACCGAACGGUCAGAAGCAGAAUUCUCAGCGAUUGAUCGGUCAUUCUGGACCCGUGUACACCGUCUCGUUCGCACCGGCGACAGUCAAUCCCGCUGACGAUAACCCUACUGAAGGUGCAACUGCCGAUACGUCGCCCCAAUGGCUGCUCUCCUCAUCGGCCGACGCCUCAAUCCGUCUGUGGUCUCUGCACGUCUGGCAAUGCGUCGUGGUCUACAAAGGACACGUCGGUCCUUGCUGGAGUGUAUCCUGGGGUCCUUUCGGCCACUACUUCGCCAGUGCAGGCCACGACAAGACCGCUCGCAUCUGGCUUACCGACAAGAUCCGACAAGUGAGAAUCCUCGCCGGCCAUGAUGACGAUGUCGAUGUGAUCGCCUGGCAUCCCAACAGCGCGUACGUGUUCACCGCGAGCAGCGACAAGACGGUACGCAUGUGGGCCCUCAACAACGGCAACCCGGUGAGAAUGUUCACAGGCCACACUUCCAUGAUCACGGCAUUGGCAUGUUCGAAGAACGGCAAAAUUCUAGCCAGCGCAGACGAUACCGGCGUCAUUCUUCUGUGGGAUCUCGCCCCCGGCCGACUCCUCAAGAAGAUGCGCGGCCACGGCAAGGGCGGUAUCUGGUCUCUGAGCUGGUCUGCCGAAUCGACGGUCUUGGUGUCAGGAGGGGCUGAUUGCACAGUGCGGGCGUGGGAUGUUGCCGGUCCGGCGAAAGAGGCCAGCGGGUCCAGUGCUGCAGGUGGCGCGGCGGGCGCAAAACCCACCGACGGCACCACGCAGGCAGGUUCUGAGGGUGGCGGUCCGAAAUCCGCAACCGCCACUUCCGCACCAUCCAACUUCAAUCUCCAAUCCGGCACGUCUUCUGGCUCUGCUGGUGUUGGUGUGGGCGGCGUUUCCGGCGUAGGCGUGGGAGGCAUCGCAGGAGGCAAGCGUCGCGCCAAAGAUGCGGUCGUCACCAGCGAUCAGAUCAGCGCGUUCCUCACAAAGCAGAGUCCCGUCUACACCGUCAAGUUCACCAACAUGAACCUGGUCAUCGCGGGAGGUGCAUACUUGCCUGAACAAGCGAAAUGA